GACACAUCCGCCCUGCGGUGUGAAGGUUUUGAAUGCCUGCCUGACUCGUCGGUUGUAUGUACUGUGUCUCUGUGACCUGUAAUAAUCGCCGUUCAACGACCUCGCCACCGGCAACCCCUGAGCAGGGCUGUCUGCUGUGUAAAGCCGGCUCCCUCUGCGAAAUUUGCGCCAUGAAGCACGUGAGGGCCUUGGGUUUGAUGUGUUGUGGUAGAGGUUUUGGGGGGAGCCAGGGUCUGACUAGACACCUGUUAUUCCCGGCCCGCGCCCUUAGAGCUCCGGCCGCCUUCUCGCGCGCGCGCGCUUUCUGUCUCUCCACGUAUGCGAGGACUAUAACGUCGAAAAGAUAAUCAGGAACGAGGCUUUACAAGAAACACGUGCAUGCACCGCAAAACACGGCAACGAGCGGGUUAGGCCGCAACGGCAGGAGGGCAAAUACAGCACGUGCCUUUCUUGCACAAGGAGCUAACUUUAGAGGAUAACACCAUGCGUAGAACAGCAGCAGCGGUAACCCCAAACUCUAGCCUCUCUUGUAGCCCCCAUCCCCCAGCCUCAUGUUCCGUGCCCCUCCGCGACCUCUCUCUCUCUCUCUCUCUCUCUCUCACCAACUCGGCGCUUCCAGGAAUUCCGAGAUGAACUGCGAGAUCUGCCACUGGGGCCGGGCGGCAGCCUGCAACGUCUGUCGAACAUAGCGCAGUUCCUCUUCGACAGGGAAAAGCCAGAUCUCGUUUACCAGGGCCCGGUGAAGAAGAGCACCGGGAUUAUCAGCAACGUCCGGGGAAAAGUGUCCAAGCUCUUCGCUCCCCUCCAGGGUUCGGUCGGGGGCUCCACAACCACCGGGACGGACGACGAUUCCGAGAUGGGGGGUGGCGAUAGCGGCGGUAGCGGAAGGGGCAACAACGUCAGAUGGAAGAAGGGAAAAAAGAAAGGCGGGACCGGUUCCGAAGACGGCACCGUUUCCAGCGCCAGCGACGACGACGACGACGACGAAAAGCGGGCGAACCGGGAGUACCACGUGGGGAAGCUGGGGGGCAGCCUCUCUUCCUCGCGCUCGUCCAACUCUAGCGCCACGACGGCGAGCAAUUCGAGUAUGUCCACAACGUCGUCGGGGAGAGGCGGCAGUAGUAGCUUCUCUACGGGAGAGGGUGGCAGCAGCAACACCGGCAGCAACACAAGCAUCGGCAGGGCAGGGCGGGGUGGAAGCACGGAUCGAUCGGGCGGGAGCGUGGGGUCCUCGACAACGACAAGCAGCGGCGUUUCUACCACCGGGAGCGGCAGCUACUCCAGCUACUCCAGCAGCGGGAGCAGCACCACGACAAGAAGGAAGGCCACCGGAAAGCCGCCAUUAGGUAGUAGGAGGAACACGAACUUGGCCACGAAGGGUAAACCAAGAGUGUCGCCAGUGGGGUAACUCUUCACACAAUAUUUUGCUAUUAUUUGCACCAACAGUUUUUGGUGCGAUACACGCGGGGGGGGAUAUUGUUCGAUCGAUGAUAGGCCUGAGAUAACGUAUCGUAUGCAUAUGUGCGAAGAUGUUUUUUGCCGUUUAGUUUGCCACCCCUCGGGCGCGCGCUGCCCACGUCGCUGGGAGGUUGUCGUAGUUGGCCUGUAGGACUAUUGUAGCGAGGAUGCUCAUUGCAGUCGGGAACAGACAAAAACUUAGAAGUGAGGAGGAGAUGAGACGGCGGUUAAUGAUUGGAUCAAGGUCAUUCCUUCGUUGUCUAUAUCCGACAACCAUCUAUCGAGACUAUGUGGCCUAGACUACUGAUAUUAUGUAGGCCUAGACAUGUGUGUUGUUUGUGGGCCUACAUGUAUGUGUGCUGUACACGAUUUGUGUACUGUAGACAUAUUUGUAGCCCAGAACUCGAGGUUUAUCAGCAACAGCUCAGUCAGAGUCACCCCUUUUGCUACUGG